AUGACUAAUUCACCUCUCUUAUCCAGGUGGAUACUCUAUCUUUUAAUCGCAAUGCUUGCAAAUCAAGCUUCUGCCGUGGAUGAGUCCACCCCUGUUUACAUUUAUAGAGUGAUUAUUACCUUGACCGGCCAAAAAGUUCAAACGAAUCCCGAGUUCGGCAAUGCUGGCGACGUGAUAACUACCGCUGAAUCGUUGCAAGGUACCCUAUCUUGGACUGGCUUCGUUGAGCCAUCAGUUGAUACCACAACAGGGCCUAAUACCGUCACUCCCACUAGUACCUUAUUUCAGGAUGACACCUCUUACACCCCAACUACGUCCUCUGUGGCUGGCGCUUCUGAUACCCAAAUCAUAACUUCCAUAACCUUGGUUAACACUCCCACAACCUCUACUGGAUUGGUUACGUCUAUAUCGGCUUCCACCACCCCAAAUACGGCCACUAUAACCGACUUUCUAGUUUUAGUUACUAAAACACUGGUGGGCUUUUCUGUGGGGUACACCACUGCAUGUUAUUCCCAGCUGGUCAUGUUUAACGUACCUCUCAAGAGAGACCAAAUUGUUAUUACCUCCACAAUAAACCUCGCUCCAGUUACCGUUACUGUGAUUGACUGUCCUGAAGAGGGAGCCACCACGUUAACCCAAGUAACUACGCAUACCACUCACGAAAAUCCUCUGUACUCACAGUCAGCUAGCUGGACGGUCAUAUGUGUCGGGACUUCCUACACUUCCGAAUUCACUCGUGUAUACACCUACCCUGCAACUCCAACUCUGGUUGAAUCCAUCGCUACAAGUACCGAAGCACUCACAACCGCCACUUCAGCGGAAGCAACGACAUAUUAUGGUCUUACCACUGUCCUAGUUACCGCCACAACCACAGUGACCACCACCCCGAGAAAAGACAUUUCUGUCACAGCCUAUUCUACACCGGUAGCUGCCGUUAUAACCAACUCCAGCUAUUCGUUUUCCACGCCAAGUGUUAUUGCAUGGGAAGGCGGGGCGGAUAAUUUGAGUCUUCUUGGGAAGCAAAAGAGGAGAUGGAGCAUGCUAAUAUUCUUGCUCUCGCUAGUGAUGUAA